UACCAUGAAAACGACUACAGUUGAGGAGACAAGUGUAGAGGAAACGAUAGAUAUUACAACGACAAAUGGUAGAACUAUAGAUGAAACGAUUGAUAUAACCACAAUUGACACGACGGCAGCACCAAGACCAGCAAAUCGAAGACAAAAUGGAGAACUACUCGAAGAAACAUUGGUGUUAGAGACCGAUACGAAACAACAACAUCAUCAUCAUCAUAAGCACAAUCAUCAUCAUCGUAAGCACCAUAAAUCGAAUGAGAAUGGUGAAGUGAUUGAAGAGACUAUAGUGCUUGAAACUCAGACUGAGGAGAAACAUCAACAUCAUCACCAUCAUCACCAUCAUCAUCAUCAUCAAAAGAAGGAGCAGGAAAUUAUUGUGCAAGCACCGCCUCCACCACUGCCGCAAUGUUCACCACCCUCAUUGACACCCACCGAAGAACUCUCUGUGGAUGUGGUUUGGGAGCCACAACAAUCCUUUUGGAUACAGCAACAAGUAUCAUCGCAGGCAUCGCCCAAUCCCCAAAUAGCUGCUCCAGAAUCACCAGCAUCUUCAAGCACUUCCACAAAUGACUUAACCGGCUUGGCAUGGCAAGCAGAGUUCAAUAUUAACAAUUCCGAAACAAGCAUUGACCAGGUUGAUCUUAUUUUGGAUACUCCGCCACAAAUUCAAGUAGAAUCGGUUGCCUAUAUAGGCGUAGAGCAACGACCAUUAUCGAAAGUGAAUGAAACGAUUCAAUUGCUGGAAUCCCUUCAAGCAUCGGUUGAUUCGAUGCCACCAAUGAAGUCUAUGACGAAAGUAAACCCACCGAGUUUGCUACAAACGGAGGUUAUUUUAGAAACGGAGGAAAUAACACCUUUACCCUCACCCACUAUUCCCAUUGAGCCACAACCUGAUUGGGAUGAACCAACAGAAGUAAUGGAGGAGAAGAUUAUAGUGGAGACAGUGGAGCCAUCACCAGUUAAUCCAAUACCCACAAUAUCAAAAAUUGAAGAAACCAUAGAGGUUUUUGAGGGUCUGGAGGAGAGUUCAACACCCACGCCACCAACUGGGCCACUUCCAACAACAACGAAAGUAGAGGAAACUAUAGAGAUUCUCGAGGAUUUGGAAGGGACUUCAACGCCGACGCCACCAGUUAGUCCACUUCCAACAACAUCCAAAGUGGAGGAAACUAUAGAGAUUCUCGAGUCUCUAGAAGACACUUCAACACCCGCGCCACCAUCUAGACCACUUCCAUCCACAACCAAAGUUGAGGAAACUAUAGAGAUUCUCGAGUCUUUGGAGGAGAGUUCAACACCUACGCCACCGCCCAGUCCUUUGCCACAAAUUCAAGGCCAACGCACUUUAUCGAAAGUUGAGCAGAGAGUACUCUUACUAGAAUCCCUUCAAGCAUCUGCUUCUGCGGAAAUACUUCCACCUAAGCCAAUAGUGCCAUCGGGUUGGAAUUAUAGUCGGCCAAAUCUUUUGAUUGAAACAGAAGUUGUACAGGAAGUAGAGCAAAUCACACCUUUAGCUUCACCAGAAAUAGUGGAAACAGAGCUAAUAGUGGAGACAAUAGAAACAACUCCUAUUCCUACGCCUCCAGCUAGUCCCCCACCGCAAAUUCCAGAGGAAAUUGUGGAAACUGAAGUUAUAGUCGAGCAACCAUUAAUACCAGAAGUAGAGGAAACAAUUGAACUUGUAGAGACACUGGAGGAGAGUCCACUAUCCACCCCACCAGCCAGUCCACUGCCAGAAAUCGAAAUUCAAACGACCUUCACUCAAGGUCUCGAUCAACGGCCAUUAUCAAAGGUUGAGGAAACUAUUCUAAUGAUGGAAACAUUGCAGGCAACUGCAGGACCUGUUGCACCACCAAAGCCUUUACCACAAAAAUGGUUUAAUUUGCCCUAUUCUAGGCCCAAUCUGUUGGCAGAAACUGAAGUUAUUCAGGAAGAGAUAACCCCAAUACCAUCGCCUGUUCCCAGUCGCACAGAGAUAGUAGAAACUGAAAUUAUUGUCGAUUCGCUUGAACCUACUCCCACACCGACCCCACCGGCCAGCCCAUUGCCUCAAGUUCAAGCUCCUGCUCAAGGAGGUUUCAAUCAGCGAUAUUCGUUAGAAAGCAUAGCUCUAACUGAAGAUUCUGUUUAUGCCACGCCCUUUACUUCCCCUUAUUCCAGUCCCACGGGACAACAAAGCAUUGAAGAACAAGGAACAACGACAACAACAGAAAUUGUGGAAACAGUAUACGAAAUAGAUUCGGUUGAGGAAUCACCAGAGCCCACACCGACGCCCAGCCCAGUUCCUCUUCGCGCAGCUCAAUCCAGUUUCAAUAUGUCAAUACCAAGACCAAGUUUUGUCCCUGCCGGAGUUGUCAUCGAGUCCAGUGUUACAGAAAUCUUACCCGAAGAAGUCGUGGAAACGGAGCUAAUCGUAGAAUCGACUAGUUUGGACUCUACACCAAUGCCAACGCCUUUGCCAAGUCCGCCGCCGCAGCGUCAAGUGCCAACCACAUUAAAUUUGGGCCGGCAAUAUCGUCCAAUAUCGAAAAUAGAAGAAAUGGUCUUGACCCGAGAGUCCCUUAAUUCACAGAAAUCCCUCGAAGAAACGGAAGUAAUAGUAGAAUCAGUGGAGACCUCUUCCACUGCCACACCCAUUCCAAGUCCCAUUCCGCCGCCAGUUGUACCAGCCGAAACUGUGGAAAUAGUUGAAACUGUGGAAAUUGUGGAAACACCUGGACAACCAACCGAGGAAGUCGUGGAAGAAGAAAUCAUAGUUACCACAGAGACAGAACGGUCCUCACAAGCAGCACCAGCCGGAGCAACUGAAAUGGUCUUGGUUGGGGCUUUGGAUACUGAAACGAACGAUAAACUAGGCAAACGUUAUUCAGUGAGUGCAGUGCUGGAAGAGAAGGUCAUUGUAGAACCACUACCCUCUCAACCACCUCAACCACAACAGUUGGAGGACAAACACAGGAGAUGUUGUUGCAAAUGCCGCUGUGUCAUUUCCUAA